AUGGAGACUGCAUUCUCUGCUCUGUUUCUUCUCCUCCUCCUCCUCCUCUUUGCCUUCUCCACUCAACACCUAACCCUAGCUGCAGAAGUUGUGGUUGACACCUACGGCAACGCUGUGGUGCCUGGUGAGCAAUACCACAUUCUGGAUGCCAAAAACAAAUCCCGUGGAAUUGAAGUCGAUCAAGUUGGGCAUGAUACCUGUGCCACCACGGUGAUCAUCGGCUCUGAUCAUAAGAGUUUGAUUUUACAUGCGGAUGAUGACACUAUCAAGUUGGAAGAAAAGACAGAUUUCGAAUUUGCUGAGGUUUCUCACUGUGCUGAACCAGGCAACUGGAAUGUUUCGAUCCCCGGCGGCAAACAGUACCCGGUGGUGAUUGGUCCAACCGAAGAUAUUGUAACCAUGCCAGGUUGGUUCGAAAUUGCCAAAUCUGAUGAUUCGGCCCAUGAGUAUUAUAUUAACUUCAAAUUUGGAGGAAAAGAUGAUUAUCCUCUGAUGAUCAAACAUUACGAACAUAAUAAAGACUUCUACCGUAUGGUGUUUUGUCCUGAUGGGGUCUAUGAAAAGUUCAACGUUGUGUUCGAACCAGUAACGCCACCGCCACCAACGCCAUCCCCCACGCCAUCCCCUCCUCCGCCAUCCGCCUUUGUGCCUCAUAUCCGGAAGGUAGUCCGUUGA